UAUAUCUCUGCUUCCUGGCUAGUAGACUGUGUACACUUGGUCUGAGUGCAGAAAAUGGCGUCAGAAAGACCGUAUGUUUUCUUUGACAUCACCAUCGGUGGCCGCCCCGCCGGCCGGAUUAUCAUGCUACUAUACCAGGACAUCACUCCCAAGACCGUGGAGAACUUCCGCGCACUGUGUACUGGCGAGAAGGGCGUUGGAAAAGCAGGAAAGCCCCUCCACUACAAAGGAUGCACCUUCCACCGCGUAAUCAAAGGCUUCAUGAUCCAGGGUGGUGACUUCACUGCUGGGAACGGAACGGGAGGAGAGUCUAUCUAUGGCGAGAAGUUCGAGGACGAGAAAUUCGAGGUCAAGCACACGAAGCGCUUCCUUCUGUCCAUGGCGAACGCAGGCCCGAACACGAACGGCUCCCAGUUCUUCAUCACCUGCAAUGCCACGCCGCACCUCGAUGGCAAGCACGUCGUUUUCGGAGAGGUCGUACGCGGCAAAUCGGUCGUGCGCGCGGUCGAGAACACAGAAACUUCGAGUGGCGAUGUUCCGGUGGAGCCAUGUGUGAUUGUGGAUUGCGGACAGCUGUCGCCUGACGACCCAUCGCUCUCUCAACCUGUAGCGGCCGAUGGUGACGUGUACGAGGAUUAUCCCGAGGACCAGGAUCCAAUUGAUGGCGAGGACGUGGCCGCGAAGCCCGAGCUCGCGCUCAAAAUCGCGAAAGACGUGCGCGAGGUGGGCAACAAGCUCUUCAAGGAGGGCAAGUACGAAGAGGCGCUGCAUAAGUAUCAGAAGGCUAUCCGCUACCUCGACUACCACGUUGACCUCCCCGAGGGCGCGCCGCCAGAGCUGCGGGACUCUUUCGAUGCGCAGCUCGCGCCUCUCCUGCUCAACUCUGCGCUCGCAGCGCUUCGCGCAGGCGGUUCCGCCAACGCCCGUCUCGCGCUUCGCGUGACAGACCGCGCGAUCGCGAACCUAAAUUUGAACGAUACCGAUAAAGCCAAGGCGUAUUACCGGGAGGGCCUCGCACACGUCGCGAUCAACGAGGACGAUGAGGCGGAGGAAGCGCUCGCCAAGGCGCACGCGCUGGUCAAGGACGACAAGGGGAUUCUGCACGAGCUAGAACAGGUACGCGGCCGCCUGCGCGCGAAGCGUGACAAGGAGAAGAAGGCGUUCAAGAAGCUGUUCGCAUGAGCUUCGUAUCUCCCGCCCAGGGGCUGUUUGCUGACUUGGCCGGCGCGAUCACUCGACGAGGCACCAGUCCGCACGGAGUGCGACAGACGCCAAAAACUUCGUGGGGACUGGAAUCUUGGUUUCCGGUAGCGCGGACGUUUGAUGGACACGAAAACAAGGCUUGCCUUGUAGAAAAGGAAUGAACGGGACAGAAGAACCUGAAGUGUUAUUCUCUUGUAGCAUCUAUCUAAUCUGACAGCGCUUUUCUUGUAUGCCUGGCGUUGUACGCACGCGCCCGGAGUUAUAAGCACUCGGCCGGGAGCCCGAUGUUUGCAUUCGGGAAAGGCGUAUGAUACAUGAUGUUACAGGAGGUCGCAACUGGUAGAAUGCGAUGCAAGGGACGGAUUUAGGCAUAGUAACAAAUUGCCUGUGUCGCAGAAUUGAAUACGCCGUUAACGAAAUUCUGGGGUAAGGACCCCGGCAGAUCAAGUAUGGCGGCUUCCUUGGCCUCGUCGUUGAACGCCUUUGACACGUUAGGCCGGAACGACGGACAAUCUGGUUGCCCACCUCGGUCCGAAACGAACGUGACGUCUCUUAGAAUCCGAAGUCCAUCACAAGGAGUUCCUUGCGGGCCCGCGCCACCUCGUCGCUAAUCCUCCGCCUGAACUCCAAACGGCGCCGGUCACGCGCCUCGGCCUUGGACUUGUCUGACAUGUGCUUCGCACCUGUCAACGCCUCAAGCUCCCAGUCCCAGCACUUUCCGCGCCCAAAGUCGAUUAUGCGGAAGCUGGGGUGGUCGUAGGAGCGUUUGUCGGGCGGGAGCGUCAGCGGCCCCGGCUGGCACAUGAUGUUGCGGAUGUAGAACGAGCCUUGGACGAUGUCCAUGUGAUGGAGGCGUAAAAUGAGCGAGAAGCAUUCGGUGCUGCCAGCAAAGUGAACUCGGCCGGCUCCACGGGAGUUCCGCACUCCUCCAUUAGCAGGAUGGGAGAAGCCCAUUCGACGGCGUGGGGCUCGUCCUCGGAGCAGCCCGCGUGCCGUUUCAUCAUGAACUUGCCCUCCUUGUCGACGGGGAGGUAGAAUCCGAAGAAUUUCGGGGUGAUCGCGCCGACGGGCACGGGGAAACGACAUUGCGGGACGACGUUGUAGCCGCACCAGUCCUCCUGCAGAUGUUUCGGCAGGGUGUCGUAUACGCGGGCUUCGUUGUGCAACAGCUCGUGGGCCGUACAACGGCUGUACGCGAGCUUCGCUGCGACUGUGACCUGGCCCGUGGGCGAACGCCCCGACAGAGGUGGAGGAAGGGUGAGCGGGGCGCGAUAGACGAACGAGUGGUUUCCCGAUCCAAAGCGGUUCUUCUUCCGCAGAUAGAGGUGUGCAACAUUCUCUUUCAGAGAUGGAGUUGCCUCACUUUCUGCGGUUUCCUCUUCCCCAUUGCCCUUAGGUUCUUCCGGCGAAGGAAAGUAUCGUUUGUACAUGACUGGCUUGUCGAGAUCACCUUCAGAAUUGUCGUCCUUCCUGGACUUGGUGGCGUUGUCCGGGUCAUGAACCAACAGGACGUCGGGGAAGAAUUUGUCAGGAAUGAAUUCCUCUAGCUUCGGGAGGCCUUCUGGGGAGUAGGGGUCGUGAGGCGCCGCUGGAGAUUUCUCGUGGGAAGCCGUCACCCCUGGAUCCCCAGUAGAUGACACCUCUUCCGUAGCGGCAACUGCGUCGAUGCCAGUGGUCUCCGACUCAGCCAUCACGACGUCGACGGCGCUACUAGCAGAAGGCAGGUCAUCUGUGGAUGUCCCGUCGUUCUCUGCCGUGGCAGACUCCUUGCCUUUCCCUUUGAAUGCCUCGGCGGAACGAUCUGCACCUAUCACGCGAACCCCGGUAGUGUCAGCGUCAAGGCAGGGGUUGCCCGUAGUCGCAACAGCGAACACAACCACGGACUGCGGGUCUGGCAACCCUAGAAGCAGUGUCUUGAAGUGCUCGCACCACACAUAGCUGUAGGGCGUUCCCUCCGCGUCCUUCACGCCCUUCGCAUUGAAUAGCACAGGGCCGGUGCAGGUCUCGUAGGGGUCAUAGGGGCACUCUCCCAUGAGCGCCAUGAAGGAGAGCGACUGCUUAGCCUCCUCGACUUGCGCCGCCUCGUUCUCUUCUUCCUCGGCUUUCUUGAGCCCUUUGUGCUCGUGGUCACAUCCCUGGUCGACCGCGUUGAAGGUCGUGUCGGGGUUGGCGUCGGCGUCGCCAUUUUGCGGCUCGAGUUUCAGAACAGGCCACGGGCGCAGAACGCGCGGGGGCACGAGUGUCUCCUUCCAGUCGCCGUCGUUGUAGCCCUCGCCGAACGCCUUGAGCAUGCUACGCGACCAGACGGUGAGCGCGUUCGUGCCCGGGACGCGCGGCAUCCAGAAGAUGUGGUCGAGCCGGUGGCCCCAUACGAAGCCGUUCGGGGUCCGCAGGCCAAACGGGGCCUUGUCUCUUUUGAGAAUCGCGCCCUUGGGAUCGCGGUGGAGGCGAAGGUAGAUGUCGCGUUCGCGCUUCGGCAUGCUGGUCGAUGGCAAAGAGUUCGUCGUUCGUGGUUGGGAUGCGGGAGAGAUGUACGUUACGCACCACGUUGCAAGUGGCUCGUGGCGUGCUAAUCGAACUCUCUUAUGUGAAUUUAAGGGUGACAAAGAAUCACCAAAUCGGACAGGACGGUGUCCUUCCUUUCCGGCCCGUGCUUCUUUGUUGGAGUACCUAUGAUCGCACAAAAGCAAGAGAGGCUUUUGUUGUCCAAAUCGAUUCGCUUUGGGCACAGCCACGGGGCUUAACCACGCGCGAGCCGUUCACAGAAGCACGCAUAUGGUCGACAACGGAAGUAUUGUACAAUAACUAUCUACAACAAGCGGAAGGGACAUCCAGGGAAGCUAUGAUACAGCUAAUCUACAGCUGCGGACUCGGGUAGCUAUGUUACAUGUCGAAUCUAAUGGAACAACCCUCUAAUUCUAGGGUGCGAAGCCCACGCGGCCAUGCUAAUCGUCGUCGGAAGAGUCAGAGUGCCCGACACGCAACUCGUCCAUCGCCACGCACACGUCGAUCUCGCGUCCCUUUUCGAACGCCCUCUUCGCGCCUAGCUGGCUUUCUUUCGGGAGCGGAUGAGAUAGGGCGCGCCAACGACCGAAGCUGACGAGCCGGAAACUCGGCGAGGCCAUGGACCGCAGGGGCGGCGGAAGGGAGAGCGGGCCGGGCUGCACGAGCAUGUUGCGCGGAUGCGGGUGCCCGUGCGAGAACCCUUGACGGUGCAUGCGCUGCACCAAGUCGAAACAUUGCUCCCUGUGCUUGUACGGCAUCGUCGCAGGAUCGAUCGGCUCGCCACAAUCCUCCAUCAACAAGAUCGACUUCGCCCAGUGCGGGACGUGACAGUCCGAGUUCGCGAAAUCCUUGCAAGACGAGUGGCACUGCACCAGCGACUCUCCGUUCGGACCGAUCGGCACGUAAAAGCCAUAGAACUUGGGCGCUAUCGGCGGGUCCAUCUCCGCGGGCUCGGGCGACUUCGGGCGCAUGGCAGCGCCCCAGCCGGGAAAAGCGCCUCGGGGACGCAUGGCAGGAACGGGGGUGCGCAACGGCGCGCCCGCGGGCACGGGCUUGCACGGGGUGACGAAUUCACGGGGGAACGCGGCGUAGCCCUUCGCCUCCUGGCGCAGGAGGUGGUGGGAACGACAGUCGUCUUUCGCGGUCUUGACGGCGACGGCGACUCGCUUGCGCGGCUCGCCUCUGGGGCCGAGCGUGGCGACGAGUGGCGCACGGUGGACGGUGGAGCGGCGGCCAGACGCGAUCUCGUUCUCGUGGUCGAGGAAGAGGAAGCCGCGGCGUGGGUUGGUGGACUUGGAGAGUGCUUUCGGGUACGCGCGCCUGUAGAUGAGAGGCUCGCGCUGGGGCCCGUGCGCGGAGCGGUUGGUGAUGUUGGACUUGUCGUAUACCAUGAGGAGCUCGGGGAGGUCGUCCAUAUCGACGAAGUCCUCGAGCUUGGUCAAGCCCUCGGUGGCGAACGCGUGCAAUCCGAGGAAUGCCUUCCUUUUCCCACCCUUUGCACGGGAUGACAUAGCCAGAUCCGCGCGCGGCGUGACGGUCUCCUUGCCCGAGUCUGAAGAAGACGAAUUGUCUCCAAGAGAUAUACCUCGAACGGGCACAGGCAUCUUGAGAGUGCGUAUGUAAUUUUAGAGGUCAAAUUGAGGGACGUUGGAUGAAUGGAAAUUGAAUGUAGGUGGAACGAGCUUGAAAGGUUGGUGGUUAGGCGGUGGCACUGGGUGAAUG